UGUUCCUCUGCGGCCGCCGUACUCGAUACUUAGCGAGUGUUUACUAACCGUGCUAACCGCUACCUUAGGUGAAGAAAUGGCUGAAUACUCACAUGUAAAAUCAACCAAACUGGUUUUGAAAGGUCUUAACAAAGGGAAGAAGAAGCACAAAGAUAAGAAGAGAAAAGCGACAGAUGAAGAAGAAAAACUUGAUAUAAUAGGUGGGUGGUGGUCCAUCAGCAACUUCGGGGAAAUUACCGGAACGGUUGCCAUAGAGAUGCAGAACAACGCUUACAUCCAUGCCCUGGAUACUGGACUUUUCACACUUGGUGCACCACACAAAGAUGAUGAAGGACCAGACCCUCCAGAGCAGUUUACUGCCAUCAAGGUGUCAGACACACGAAUAGCCUUGAAGUCUGGAUAUGGCAAGUACCUGGGAAUCAACUCUGAGGGUUUGGUGGUGGGGCGCUCAGAUGCCAUCGGCUCCAGGGAACAAUGGGAACCAGUUUUCCAGGAUGGCAAAAUGGCUCUCCUGGCAGCAAAUAGCUGUUUCAUCUCCUACAGUGACAGUGGGGACAUCGUGGCCAAGAGCAAGGCAGCAGGGGAUGGCGAGAUGGUGAAGAUCAGAUCAAGUGUGGAACGAGAGGUCAAGCGUAAAGAUGACAUUGCAGAUGAGGACAGGGGCAACGUGAAGUCCUGUGAGAUCAAUUAUGUAAAGAAGUUUCAGAGUUUUCAGGAUCGCCGGCUCAGGGUUAAUGAGGAAGGCACUUCCACGUUAAAGAAAGCCAGAGUGGACGGGAAGUUUCAUGAAGCUUUGCUUGACAGGAGAAGCAAAAUGAAAGCAGACAGGUACUGCAAAUGAAGACUCAACUUUGUAGAUUGCUGCCAUGUCUUUGUAAAUGUCGUCAUUUGGCCUUUUAAUCUAACGUUAGAUGUACUUUUUGUUUCAUUUUAUAUUUUUAAUAAACAUUACAUGGUCAAUUCA